AAGGACAUUCCCCUGAAGAGCAGCUGGAGAGCAGUCCUCAAACCCUCUCUGUGCUAAAUAUAGGACAGCCAGCUAUGCCACUUUAACCUAGAACCACCCCAAGCCCCGGAGCACACUGGCACUUGAACUGAAUUUCCAGAGGCAGCAUGGACAUCAAGGAGUAUUUUGCCAGAAUUUCUUACCAGGGGUCCCACAAUAAACCAGACCUGGCUACCAUGUCAGAUAUAUUCCAGCAUCACAUCCGAGCUAUCCCCUAUGAAAACCUGAGCAUCCACUGUGGAGAAAGAAUUGAGCUGGACCUGGAACCAAUCUACAACAAGAUAGUGAGGAAGAAACGUGGGGGCUGGUGCAUGGAAAACAACUACCUUCUGUUUUGGGUCCUGAAAACUCUUGGCUACGACAUCACCCUUCUGGGAGCAAAAGUUUAUGUCCCAGAGCGUGAUGCCUACCCAGAAGAUAUCAAUCAUCUGCUGCUACGAGUGGAUCUUGAUGGCAAAUCCUACAUUCUGGAUGCAGGAUUUGGGAUGGCCUACCAGAUGUGGCAGCCAAUGGAGCUGAUUUCAGGGACAGAUCAGCCUCAGACUCCUGGGGUCUUUCGUUUUCAGGAGGAGAAUGGGAUCUGGUAUUUUGAGAAGGUGAGAAGGAAGCAGUGGGUUCUGAACCCGAGCACCUCGACUUCCCCAAAUGUGGAAAAUGAAGUUUGCCGUCGGGUUUAUCUCUUUACCCUCCAGCCACGAGACAUUGAGGAGUUCAGGGGCUGCAAUGCCCACCUGCAGACAGCACCUAACUCAAAGUUUGUGUUGAAGUCCAUGUGCAGUAUGCAGACUGCUGACGGCAUCCGUGAACUGGUGGGGUGGAAACUCACAGAGAUAAAGUACAAUUACAGGGACAAUAUGGAUCAUGUGGAAAUCAGAAUGCUUGCAGAGGAAGAAUUAGAGAAAACACUGAGGGAGAAAUUCAGUCUAACACUAGACAAGAAAUUUGUACCUGUUGAUAACAAGUUGUUCUAACUCACUGCCUGGAUUACAAUUCAAUUCAGUGGCAUUACAGGCAAUUCUGCCCUCUCUUUCUGAUAAGCAUCCAAAGGUUAAUCUUUCUCCUUCCAGCUACACCUGUGUAAGGCAGAACAUACUAUCAUGAAUCUGGAAAACAAAUGGAUUUUCACAACUAUUCCUGCAUUUCUCUUUAGGUUGGGUACCAAUAAUUUCUGCUAAGUUCAAUCAAAUCAUUACUCUUGUGUUUGUGAUUAGCGGGAAGCAGACUCAGCUCAUUCCCUACUCCUUCCAUCUCUUAAAAGCUUUUCUAAACACACCCAGUGUAGCUGGGCAGAAUGGUGGAGCUGUAUGUCUUUGUCUUUACUACCUGGUGCUGCCACCUGGGGAAAAUGAUACCUGCCUCUAAAAUGAAUACUGUAUUAUUUUGGGAGUGUAAUAGCCACAACCACGAUGACAUCCUGGGCCUGUUCUCUUUGUUCUCACAUCCACAACAGCCUCUCACAGGGCACUCAGGCCAUCCCACACCUGUGCAAAGUCACCAUGUGAGUACCUGAGGACAGGUUAUUUAUGAUGAUAAAAAAUGCUCUUGACAAUGCUUUGUUGUUUCAGACUUUGCACAGCUCCUGCUCUCUCAGUGACAUAACCAGUGACAUAACCUUUCUUUGAACUGAAAGCAUCUCCUGAGCAUUUUGUUUGCUCACCCUCAGCAACAGACUGCUGACAAUACAUGUUCCUUUCCUCAGACUACUCUGGGUGCUAUUGCACAUUAAUUAUUACAGCAGAACCCAAACACAUGCACAUAACUCUUUCUGUGAAACAGAUCUGUUCUACUGAGGAUGUGUUUGCAGUGACACUAAUUAUAUUGAUAUAAGGAGAUGUGGUGAAUCUUAAUCACAUACCUAAGGGCUAAGAUUCCUAGUAGGAGAAACGACUCAUACGUGACCCCUUUGCCCUUUAAAAGAUGCUUGAUGUUCCUUUAUGUACAAAUCUUGGAAGCAUUACAACUACGCACUUAUAAUUAAGCAAAUUAUAUCAGUGAAUUACAAUUAAAUAAAAAAAAAAUCAAGCACUGUGAACUGGAAUUAUUCAGACAUUCCCCCCCCCCCAGAUUACAGCAUUUAUUCCCAUAGUAAAAAGUAAAUGUGAUUAAUUAAUGAAGUUGUCCUGAUUAUUUGUACGUGCUAUUUUUUGCCAGCUAUGGCUUGUAAAAGGAGAAUAUCUCACUGAAUCUUUUUCACUUGUUAUGCAGACCUACAGGUUUCUAGAACUAGCAGUUCAGAUUCAAUAAAAGCUGCUAUUCUGCAUGUUCAUAAUGUAUUACUUAGAGGCACAGCAAGCUCCUGAAACCCUCGUCUUCCCAGAGUCAUAUUCACUUACAUAUGCUUGGCUGUAGUAGUUCUUCAUAGCACUUACGGCCCUCCCAUUCUAUGAGAAGAUGAAAUGUAGUUGUAAAAGAAGGAGAGGCUUCUUAUGGUGUGGACCAGGACCUUGCAACACAAAUGAUCAGAAGAAAUUGUCCCAGGAUCUUGGUUUUUGACCCAAGUUUUUCUAUGGCCUUCAGUCUAGUGGGGGAUCUAAAAGAGCUAAACUCAGUGGGACAGCAGGGAGAAAGCAUUGGGAUGAGGUAAAAGUGCAGGCAGGUCUUGCAAAUAUGUGCAGCAGGAGAAGAUCCACACAGAGCCAAGAAUCACAGCUCAGAGCUCCUGCCUCCUGCUCACCACAGAGGAACAGUGCACUGCUCAGCAAUGCAAUGGAACUUACUGUUGGAGGAUGGAAAGAAAAAAAAAAGAAAAGAGGUUUCCAUUUCA